AUGGAGCUACAGGAACUGGAACAGAACACAACACCAGAGGAAGGACCAUCCUGUUUGAAGGACCUUUCCAAGGCAGCUGAAGAGGAAACAGAAAAGGACAUCCACCCUCAAAUGCAGUUCCAAGCUCCCACAGAAAAUGAUAUGAUGGUCAAAAUGGCUAUUUUGAAUAUAAUAAAAAUCCAGGUAAUGGUGUCUCUUGAAGAAGCAAUGCCCAUGUCCCCUCAGAUCUGGAAACAUCUGUUCCAGCAGACACAAUCUCAGAAAGUACCUCAAAUGGCACCCAUAUGGAACACAAUGGCCGCUAUUGAGGAGAUUCUGGCAGGAGCAGAGCCAGUAAUGCAUACAGAGGAGCACAAAAAGCCCACACUUCCAAGAAGUAUUAUAGUGGCACUGGAGGUGGUCAGAUUGAGGGACAUCUCCAUCAAACUUGGAGACACUGGGUUUUGA